AGGCAACAUGUGUCCGUGUUUUGUUGUUGCGUACAGUGCUCGCUGAGAAACACAUGUUGUUUUGUUCCUGGCGUUCCUGGAAGACAUACUGUGAAUGUAAACUUAGGAUUCGGUGUCUCGUGCUCAGGCGCCGGUGGGUGGAGACUGUCGCUGCUGCAGAGAUCGUGCUAUCUGCCGAUUCCGGGGACAUGGAGUGUGUCUUGAUCUUUCAGAGUUAAUGGAUGAGUGUUUGAACGAUGUCCUCGUAGCUGGCCUGAUCACAACAUGGAUCAGAUGACAAUGAUCGCUCCCACUUUAGAUUUUUCUAGAUCUGAAGAGGGAGACAAUGUGCAUGUUUCAGAAAGCCUGCUGUCCUGUAAUGAGGAUAGAGAUAAGUCUGAGCUGCACUUGGAGGCUCUGAAGGCCAAACGCAGGCAGCAGCUGGAGAAACUAGAUCUGCGUCACCAGAAUGGCCUGGAGAAGAGGCUCCUGCAGAACUCCCUGCUCGCCUCGAGCACUGAAUGGAUGCUUAAAUCCAAAAUCCCUCUGCAGAGCAUCAGCAACCAUGAUGGCCAAAACAAGAACCGCAAACACCACAGUUCACAGGUGUUUCUGCACCAUUUGAGCUCAAGUGGAGUCGAGGCACAGAGAACUACCGGAACUAAUUCUUUGGGGACAGUGACAGAGAGACAGAGGAAGCCUCUCCCCCAGGAUUCACAGAAAACCAAAGAGAUGGCAGACCUGGCUGAGUGUCAGAAACAGUUUCGUGUCGCUCCUGUCCCCGAGCACGUCUCAAAGCCUCUUUAUGUUGAUCUCGUCCAUGAACAAGAGCGCUUGAGGAAGGAAGGUCGUGAGCAGAGGAGAGAUUUCCUCUUGACCAUGCAGAAGCCCUUCGGGUUCCACAAGAGGGAGGAAAAGAAGCGAGAGAGGCUGAAGGAGGAGACGGCCUCUGCCGAUAAAAGUGAAAAAACAGAACCAGUUUGUGUGAGAAAACCUAUACCGAAAGCGGUCUCGGACCCCAGCUUCUCUGAACAAUUGAAAGAGCAGGAGCAGCAAAGGAGGAUUCGCAUUCAUCUGAGGGCUCAGGAGACUCUGAAAGCCUCCUCAGCACCUAUUCAAAGGCAGGAACCCGAUGCAGAUAGACAGACCCGAAGCGCCCAGAAGAGCAAAAGCAAGAUGCUAGGUUACUUGGACCAGAAGCUGUCCUUCAGACCUAAAACUAACGCUGCCGUGCCAGACUUUGACAAGCUCUACCAGGCCUUUCAACAAAAGGCAGCGGAGGCAGCUGAGAGGAGAGAUGUCACUCACUGUAAACCGUUCCAGCUGCGCACAUCCACGUUACAGCCACACCACCGGAGCCCAGAAAACCUACAGAAAUGUAGAGACAAGACGAACCUGAAGAGAAGCAGUUCAUUUGGUGGCCUGACAUCACUGUCUAUGGACACUCUUCCAACUUACAUAACAGAUGCUGCCAGGAAAAGAUCCAUGGCUGUAAGGAGAUCUCUGGAGCUGAAGGACCUCAAGGAGCAGGAGAAUGCAAGGUGGAUGAAGCAGCACAGAAGCAAGUCUCAAGCUAUGAGCAGGGCAGUAGCAAUGAGAGCCAAGGCAAUGGACCCUCAUAAAAGUCUUAAAGAGGUCUACCAAGAGAAACUCAAACAGAACCGGCAGGCCGAUCUGGAGAGGAUGAAAGAUUAUCAAAAAGAGCUGAAGGAGAUCAAAACCCGAGUAACAGCUCGCCCUUAUCUGUUCGAGCAGGUGUCGCAGAAAAGUGCCAAGAGUAAUGCUGAACGCAGAUACAGGGAUACGUUGGAGCAAGCAGGUCUGGAUGAAAACUUUGUGAGGUCAAAGGGAGAAGCAAAUAAGGCCAUGCAUGUGGACAGUGAUUCCGCGGAUGAGGAUCGUGACGGCACUGAAAGCCGAACCCAGGAGAGUGCAGGAAGCGGGGAAGACAGUGCUACAAAUGAGGAGGAAAAAGAAGAGAAUGUGGAAACCAAAGAGGAAGAGUUGUGCUGACAGACGCGGUUGGUGGGCCAGUGCGUUUCAUCCAUAUUCCAUAUGUGCAGGGGAGACUGUGGUCAGACGACAAAAUGCUGACAGAUCGUUUCGGUUUCGAAAAAUUGUGUUGGGCAUGAUUUAAUGCAAAUUUUAUUUUUUAUUUUGUAGACUUGACCGUAUUUUGUAUUCAUGCGUAUUGCGCCAGUGAAUCAGUGUGGGCCUUUAUGCAACCGAGCCCUCUCGUCUUUUCAAGUCUUUUACAAUAGAGAAGGAAUUACGAAGGUUCAGGAAUUUCCAUAUGGGUGUCAUAACAUUUUUUAAUAAAACAGAAAAUCAAAAGCAAGUUUAAUUUUAUGAUUCUGAGCAUGUUAUGGGGGCUACUGACCCGACAAAGAAACGCUUGGCAACCAGAGGAGCUGCUUAUUAAAAGCGGUAUAUUUGCUCGAGUUCUACUUACUGCACAUUAAACCGUGUUGUAAACCACAGAAACGGCUCUUGGGUUUGGUGUCGGGCACCCUCAGGGUUCGCAAACAGUAAAUUGGGGAAGCCUUGCCUUGGCACCAACGCAUCUUCCACCCGGAGGCUGUCAAAUGCGGCUUUGAACGUCUGCUAUAAUUAUGAACUAUAACUGUCACAGAGACUAGCUUUAUUCACCAAAACCCAUUUGAAUAAGUACACGAAUAACAUUCUAAGACAACUCUUCUUCAGCACAAGGCCCAUGUGAAAUUCUCGUUCCUGAAGUCAGGCUAUUUUAAGAGUCAUAGCACUGGUUGAGUAAACAGCCGUUGGAAAAAGAGCUUGUGCUCGUGCAUUUGGCCACAUCAAGAGCUUUUUACUCCAACUGGCUUCUUCGGUCUUGGUUGAUUUUUUGAAGGAAUUAAAAGAAUUUGCGUUUCUGUGUAUAGGGAUGGAAAGUUCUUAGCUCUUUUAAAGGUCCCGAGGCACGAUUCUUGCCGUUACACGAUAAUCUCAAGAUGGAACAUAAUUACUUUCAACAAGCCGUGUAGCAUGCAGUGUUUUUUAAAGGCUAAAAUUGAACAUUUGGCGAAAAUAUGAUAACCAGUCUUGUCCGUUUUGUUGUAUAACUUGUAUAUUUAGUGGUUGAAGGAGUGAUGACACUGAAAAAUGAAAUGAGUCAACUGCACAUUUGAAAAUGCCUGCCCAGUUUCACCCUCACGAUACCCAUUCAUUUUGUUUCUGAAUUUUUUUGUUUUGUUUUGGCUAAAUGAGGUUUAAAUGGCAGUAGGGCUUUGUUCCAAUUCUUAUGCUUGUACACACUAGAAUUAUGUCUUCAGGGGGAUUCAGGGGGUCAGAUUUGGCAGCGGUUUGAAGCAUCUUUUCCAAAGGGAUGUAUUUUACAGGUUGUGUGUAUAUGAAUGUCAUUUCAUUUUCUUUGAGUUUAAGAUUUGGGCUCUGUCUGUGGCAAAAUACAUGGAGGACAGGGUGCCUACCCGAUCUCAUGAAUGUACGUAUAAACAGUACGACAAAUAAAAAUGAAAACUCAUGGUAUAGAUAUAAAAAAAGGACUUUGGCUCGUAUAUGCUAUGCGACGGGUAGGAUUAGGGUUGUGCGGUAGGUAUGUAUCAUAUAUACGUGAAAACUGUGUAUCAUAUGCACACAAACAAAUUGCGUACCAUAUGCAUGCGAAAACUUUUACACAUACAUAACAGUACAUUUUCAUGAGAUCAGUCUCGGAAUGCUGUAUUUUUAAGUCAAUCUGAAAGUUUGCCCCUCUUUGUCUCUGACCUUGCUUGCUGUCUAGUUUACACUGUCCUAUACUAAUAAUAGUGAAGAAAUGCCAAAUAAUUAAUCAAAUGCUUCUUUAAUGAGUUUUAUGCCUAAAUACUAUUGCUAACUAAAAAAAAAAGUUAGUCUAUAAAUAAACUACAGUUUCAUGACUUCAACGUCAUUACUAAUAAGCUUCCAACCAUAUUUGGAAUACAAUAAACACCACAAUUUUAUAAAAGCGGACUAGUGAGUAGAUGAGCUCCGAUAUCCCAGACAACCUCUGUUGUUUCUUUUAGCCCUCUGUUACACUCUUAAGAAUAAGCAUUACGAAAGGUGGCUUUCACAGCGACGCCAUAGAAGAACCAGUUUUGGUUUCCCAAAGGAUCAUUUUCAGUGAACAGUUCUUAAAAGAACCAUUUUUUCUUAGCGUAAAGAAUGUUUUAGUAAUCUAAAUAAACCUUUUCACCCCCGGAAAAGAACCUUCUUUGCGAAACCAUUGAUGCCAAUAAAUUAUGCCUUUAUUUUUAAUAGUGCAGGUAUAUUAAAAGACAUGUAAAUACUUAAAAAAAUGAGUGUGUUAUAACUGAUGUACUGUAAUGUACAUGAUGAGUACUGUUAUGUACUGAAAUGAAGCGUGAACAAAAAGCGCUUGUGUUAACCAAAAAAACAAACAAAAGCAUUGAUUUCAGAACAGUGCAAUUGGGAGGGCAAAAAAGUAAAAUGCAUGAAAUUAUUAUAAUUUUUUUUUAUUUACACUAAUCCACUAAUCGAAUGUACAAAAUAGGCUAGUACUGGACAUGUACAGUAUAGCAUGUAAUAAUUCAGAAAAUAAAAUGAAAAACAUGAAAGCAAAGUUGGUGUGGAUAAUCCUUGUUUUACAGUAAUGUGUGUUUAGCAUCUUGCUUAAUCCAGUACCACUCAACCUUUGGGUUUAUAGUCUUGACAAAAUAACUGCUGUUGCAACUUCAGCUUCACGUUCUGGAAAUAAUGCUAUCGUCCCAAGAAAUUCCUUUUGUUUUGACUCUGUUAAACACGUAGAUUCAAUAAAGUUGGCUGACAGGA